AUGGGUGCAGUAAGCAAUGGCGUGGUGCACACGUCAUCUCUUGUAUCGCAGCUUCGUGAGAAGAUGCAGGGGCACAACCUGCAGGCCUACAUCGUGCCUUCUGAAGAUGAGCACGCCAGUGAAUAUCCCUCCGAUGCCGACCUUUUGCGCGGUUACAUCUCCGGCUUUUCUGGCUCCGCAGGCUGUGCGCUUGUGACGAAGGACGAGGCUCUUCUUUUCACAGACGGUCGUUACUUUUUGCAGGCCUCGCAGCAGCUUGAGCCUGGCGUGUGGACGCUGAUGCGUAUGGGCGAACCUGGUGUACCUACGUGGCAAGAAUGGCUAUCCGCUCUACCCCCCAGCUCGCGUGUGGGUGUGGACCCCAAGGUUCUGAGCGCAGAGGAUGCCCACAGUUUGCAACAGUCUUUGGCUAUGCACCAAUCGACGCUGGUGCCGUUGGCAGAGAACCUCGUGGCUGAAGUGUGGCCGGACCGUCCUUCGCGUCCUCAUGAGCCUAUCAAGGCCCUGCCAGAAUCCAUUACAGGCCGGGCUGCCUCGGACAAGAUCCAGGAACUUCGCGCGUCCAUUCGUGAGCUGAACGGCACAGCGUUCAUCUGUACGAUGCUGGAUGAGGUGGCCUGGCUGCUCAACCUGCGUGGUGAUGAUGUGCCAUUCAAUCCCGUGUUUUUCGCCUUUGCCGUGGUCACGCUGGAUGCGUGCACGCUCUAUGUGAACGAAUCGCAGCUCACCGACGAGGUUCGUGCCCACUUGGGCUCGGCGGUCCAGAUCCGGCCCUACGACUCGUUCUACACAGACCUCAAAACCUUGUCGGGCCGUGUCCUAAUCGGAAAGCGUGCGUCGUGGGCUGUCUACGAGACGCUGGGUGCGGAGAAAGCGCAUAGCACCCGCUCUAUUGUGGUCGACCAAAAGAGCAUCAAGAACAAGGUCGAGCAGGAUGGAUUCCGUGAAGCGCAUAUCCGUGAUGGUGCCGCCUUGGUCUCGUACUUUGCCUGGCUGGAAGAGGCGUUGGCUAACGGCGAGAGCAUCUCUGAGAUGGAGGGUGCCAACAAGCUGGCGUCGUUCCGUGCGAUGCAGCCUGACUUCCAGGGUCUGAGCUUUAUGACGAUUUCGUCUACCGGCCCCAACGGCGCGAUUAUUCACUAUGCGCCUCCUGAGCAAGGUAGUCCGGCGAUUGAUCCCAAUGAUCUAUACCUGUGUGACUCAGGUGCCCACUUUACGUUCGGUACGACUGAUGUUACGCGUACCCUGCACUUUGGCACACCGACUAUGGAGCAGCGUCGCUGCUUUACGCGCGUGCUGCAAGGCCACAUCGCUGUGGAUCGUAUGAUUUUCCCGUACAACACCACAGGGUAUGUCCUCGAUGCAUUGGCUCGUGCUCCUGCCUGGCGUGAUCACUUGGAAUACCGCCACGGCACGGGCCAUGGUGUUGGCCAUUAUCUCAAUGUACAUGAGCCGCCCAUGGGUCUCGGCACACGUAUUGUGUUCAACGAAACCGGCCUGAAGGAGGGUAUGGUGAUCAGCAAUGAGCCAGGUUAUUACUUGGAUGGACACUGGGGUAUCCGUAUUGAGAACCUCGUCAUUGUGCAGCCGCAUAAGAUCGAUGGUCCUGAGCCACCCACGAGCAAGGGCUUCUUGCAGAUGGAGCACAUUACCAUGUGCCCGAUCCAGACCAAGCUCAUGGAUGUCUCACUCAUGUCGGUGGACGAGCGUCAGUGGGUCAACGCCUACCACGAUGAGGUACUGGAAAAGCUCCGUCCACGCCUCCAAAACGACGCUCGUGCCCUGCGCUGGCUGGAGAAGGAGUGCUCUGUGCGUAUUUAG